CAGAGAGGAGCUUUUUCUCGUUCUUGUUCAAGAUCUAGGAGAUGGAGUCAGCACAGCCUACAGAUACAGAAGAACCGGUGGUUUUGCCGCCGCCUCCACCCGUCAUACCACCAAAUGUAGUUCCAAAAAAAGUCUCAAUGUCAAAUCGAGUCCCAAUGGCAAGAUCUGGUACUGGACGGAAAGGGCAAAGUAUACAGCUGUACACCAACCAUUUUAAAGUUGGUGUCACUAAUGUUGAUGGUUUUUUCUCUCACUACAGUGUUUCACUCUUCUAUGAAGAUGGCAAACCCAUCGAUGGGAAGGGUAUUGGAAGAAGGUUGAUUGAUAGAGUUCACCAGACUUACCAUACUGAGCUUGCUGGAAAGGAUUUUGCUUAUGAUGGCGAGAAGAGCUUGUUUACUGUUGGAGCUCUUCCUCAACAAAAUUUUGAAUUCACUGUUGUGCUUGAAGACAUGUCCUCAAACAGGACUAGUGGGAAUGGCAGCCCUGGUGGUAAUGACAGCCCUGGGGAAGGAGAUCGAAAGAGACAGAGGCGUCCAUAUCAAUCGAAGACAUUUAAGGUUGAGAUUCGUUUUGCCGCCCGAAUCCCAAUGAAAGCCAUAGCGAAUGCUCUACGAGGUCAUGAUUCAGAGAGCUCUCAAGAAGCUUUAAGAGUGCUUGACAUCAUACUAAGGCAGCACGCAGCAAAGCAAGGAUGCCUACUCGUACGGCAAUCGUAUUUCAACAAUGAGCCUCGCAACUUCACUGACAUAGGAGGUGGUGUUGUUGGCUGUCGAGGUUUCCAUUCUAGCUUCCGCACCACCCAAGGAGGCUUGUCUCUGAAUAUUGAUGUGUCUACAACAAUGAUUAUAAAGCCAGGACCUGUUGCAGAUUUUCUAGUGGCUAACCAAAAUGUUAGACAUCCCUCUGAGAUAGAUUGGGGAAAGGCAAAGAGAAUGCUGAAAAACCUGAGAGUGAAGACAAGACCUUCUAAUAUGGAAUUCAAGAUUGUAGGACUAAGUGAACUUCCAUGCGACCAGCAGCUGUUUACACUAAAACAGAAAAAUGGAAGAGAUGCCAAUGGUGACAGUCCGGUGCAGACAGUUGAAAUCACAGUUUAUGACUAUUUUGUCAAUUAUCGCCAUGUAGAGAUUGGUUAUUCUGCUAGUCUGCCAUGCAUUAAUGUUGGGAAACCAAAGCGCCCCACCUACUAUCCUCUGGAGCUUUGUUCCCUAGUCUCCUUACAAAGGUACACAAAGUCUCUGUCCACUCAUCAAAGAUCAUCUCUUGUGGAGAAAUCUAGACAGAAGCCUCAGGAAAGAAUGAGGGUGUUGACUGAUGCAUUAAAAGGUAAUAACUAUGAUGCUGAUCCAAUGUUACGGGCGUGUGGUGUUACAAUCAACACACACUUCACUCAAGUAGAAGGACGUGUACUAACUGCACCAAAGUUAAAAGUUGGUAAUGGAGAAGACUUCUUUCCUCGGAAUGGUCGCUGGAAUUUUAACAAUAAGAAAUUGCUGGAACCCACAAAGAUAGAACGUUGGGCUUGCGUAAACUUCUCUGCACGUUGUGAUAUACGGAGUCUUUGUCGUGAUCUUAGCAGAUGUGGCGAACAAAAAGGAAUUUUCAUUGAUCAGCCAUUUGAUUACUUUGAAGAGAGUCCUCAGUGGAGGCGUUCUCCACCUACUGUUAGAGUGGAGCAGAUGUUUGAACUGAUCAAGACAAAACUUCCUGGAGCACCACAAUUUCUUCUUUGUGUUUUGCCAGAGAGAAAGAAUUCUGAUAUUUAUGGUCCAUGGAAGAAAAAGAACCUGUCAGAAUUUGGUAUCGUCACUCAAUGCAUUGCGCCGCAAAGAGUCAAUGACCAAUACUUGACAAAUGUUCUUUUGAAGAUAAAUGCCAAGCUUGGUGGAAUGAAUUCCUUACUUGCAGUUGAACACUCUCCUUCCAUUCCCCUGAUUUCUAGAGUUCCCACAAUCAUCCUGGGGAUGGAUGUAUCACAUGGUUCCCCAGGCCAGUCCGACGUGCCAUCAAUUGCGGCGGUUGUCAGCUCUAGGCAGUGGCCCCUGAUUUCUCGGUAUAGGGCAUCUGUGAGGACACAGUCACCCAAGGUUGAAAUGAUAGAUUCCCUGUUUAAGCCCACCUCAGACACCGAGGACAGUGGCAUAGUGAGGGAACUUCUACUAGAUUUCUAUAUGAGUUCAGGGAAAAAGAAGCCUGACCAGAUAAUCAUUUUCCGGGAUGGAGUGAGUGAAUCACAAUUCACACAGGUCUUAAACAUCGAGCUGGAUCAGAUUAUCGAGGCCUGUAAAUUCCUUGAUGAGAACUGGUCACCAAAGUUUACAGUUAUUGUGGCUCAAAAAAACCACCACACUAAAUUCUUCCAGCUUCAAUCUCCGGACAAUGUUCCGCCUGGCACUGUUGUGGACAAAGCAAUUUGCCAUCCGCGAAACCAUGACUUCUACAUGUGUUCACACGCAGGAAUGAUUGGAACAACGCGCCCUACUCACUACCAUGUUUUGCUGGAUGAGAUUGGUUUCUCCCCUGAUGAUCUCCAGGAGCUUGUGCAUUCAUUGUCGUAUGUAUAUCAGAGGAGCACAACUGCGAUAUCAAUCGUUGCACCGAUAAGCUACGCACAUUUGGCGGCGACGCAGAUGUCACAGUUCAUGAAGUUUGAGGAUAUGUCGGAGACGUCAUCUGGCCAUGGUGGAAUUACAUCUGCGGGGGCUAUUCCAGUGCCGGAGCUGCCAAAGCUUCAUGAAAAUGUGAGCAGCUCCAUGUUUUUCUGCUGAAGUAGCUGGUAGGUAGGGUUGGUGAACAAAAUGACUUUUUGGAGGGACACGGUGGACCUGGACAAAAACAUACGGUUGUAAAUAGUUCUGUUUCUAACUGCAGGCUACGUUAAACCUAGACACCACCCUGGGUGGGUGGUGCAAACUGCAUUAUGCGGUUUUGGGUUUUAUUAGUUUUUGGACUGCUUUGGUUGCAGUUGCACGAGUCACGACUUGGAUGAUUUAUAUGGCUGAGGUAGAAGAACAGUGUUAGUUUUGCUGCA